AUGAAGAGAACUAGGAAUGAUGCAGUUAAAGCUGCUGUUACUUCCUACUUAGAGCGACGAAAUUAUCCUGAUAUUGAAAUAUUUAGUAACAAUAAUUCCACUAGUCGCAGUGCUGAAGAAAUGGCUGUAGCUACUAUUGUCCAAUGUGAGGCAAGUCGUGCAAAUUCCAUUCUUUUUUCAUGCAUCAACAACGACCCUGGACAAUAUGAUGUACAGUACUCGAGGUUGUUUAAUUUCAUAAAAGAAAUUAAAUUAGAGAAGGUAAGAAAUGAGCUACUUGGGUUAUUAACGCCAUUAUUAUGCCACCUUUACUUGGAAAUGCUUCGUGGUGGACAUGGGGGUGCAGCACAAAUGUUUCUCAAAAGACAUUCAGCCACUUUACCACAAAAAGAUUUGUCUUAUCAUCAACCAAUCGAUGGUAAUUUACCAUCAGCAUUGUACAGACCUAACAGUUUAGAACAACUUUUUAAUUCACUACAAAAUGGAACAAUAGAUAAUGAAACUCCAGAAAAAGAUUAUAUGAAUCAGUUAUUGGAUGAUAUUGGCACAAUAUACACUCUGCAAGAAAUAGAAUCAAGGCCAUCAAUUGCUGCCUUCAGAUCGUGUAAAUAUGAUAUUUACUUAUCACAAGACUCCUUAAAUACAUUAAAAGCUUAUUUAGCCAAACACGGACAUGUAUUAUUAAUUCAAGUUCUACAAACAUGGUUUCACAUUGAUAUUAAUAAUGACUCAAAUAAAAAGAAUGCUGAAGAUGAUGAAGAGCAAAAUGAAGAUGUAAAUGCACCAGUAACAAACAGUGAUGAAAAGGCAUCAGACAAAAAUGAUAUAUUUUCAAAAUGCAAUGGUCAUGCUGAAUAUCAAAAUGUUGAUAAGGAAUUAAGAGAACUGCAAGAGGCAAUAAAAGGAGUUCGUGAAUCUAUGGCACCACUUAAAUUAUAUAAGAUAGUUGCUCCUGAUACUCACCUCGUAUGUGCUAAAACAGACUUUAACUGUAAUGUGCUAUGUGGAGGAUUUAGUAAUUCAGAGAUACGACUUUGGGACCUCGGACAGAACAAUGUAAAACGAAAAAUCAACCGUAAUAUCUCUGAAAUAGGAAUAGCAUGCUAUGUGCCACCUGAACCGGAAACACCUGCAGAUACUUACUUUCAAAUAGGUACUGGCCUGCCACUACGAGGUCAUUCAGGUCCUGUGCAAGCAGUCAGCAUUUUAUCACGGGAACAACUUGUAUUGUCUGCUUCUCAUGAUAAUACUAUGAGAGCUUGGAGGCUAUCGGAUUAUUCAUGUGCCUCCAUAUACAGAGGUCAUAAUUACCCAAUUUGGUGUAUGGAUGUUUCCAAAAAUGGUCUAUUUAUUGUGACCGGUUCGCAUGACAAAACAGCAAAAUUAUGGUCCCUUGAUAGAACAUUCCCAAUACGGGUUUUCGUGGGGCACAUGUCUGAUGUCACGUGUGUGAAGUUCCACCCCAACGAGGCGUACAUAGCGACGGGCGGCGCGGACCGCAGCGUGCGGCUGUGGGGCGUGUGCGACGCGCGGCUCGUGCGCGUGCUGUGCGGACACCGCGCCGCCGUCAGGGCGCUCGCCUUCGCGCCCUCCGGCUCCUACUUGGCCAGUGCUGGUGAUGACAAGAAGAUUAAAGUUUGGGACCUGGCUGCUUGUACAUGCAUACAUGAACACCGUGGACAUCAUGGUAAAAUAACAGCAUUGGACUGGUCUGCAGUGGGGAAGGCGAGCCUCACAAAUAGAGUUGUGUUAGACCCUAAUGACAUAUCAGUGGAUAAUUCACUGUUAUGUUCAGCUGGUAUGGAUGGUGUUGUGAAAAUUGCAUGGGAUAGUCAUUCAAAAAAUAAGCAAGUCACCAGUCAAGACAUGAUUACUUCUACCUACAAUACAAAGUGUUCCUAUUUAGUUGAUGUACAAGUACAUCCAGACUGGCUAGUUGCCAUUGGAACAAAUAGAUAA